GAUUUUUCUAAAGUCAGUCUUCGGAGUUACUGCAAGUCAAAUAAACAUUUGAAAAAGUUCAAAAGUCGAUAAAUAAUAAUUAUUUUUUUAUAUCUGUGUUAACUUUACGUAUUACUAAUAGUAAAUAAAAUGGAAGUUGAAGAAUCCCAAACACCAAUACAAAAUUUUUACGCCGAACAAUCAAUCCUUAUUACAGGAAGUACCGGUUUUCUUGGAAAGGUAUUAAUUGAAAAAUUGUUACGAAGUUGCCCUGACAUUUCUACCUUAUAUUUGCUAAUACGUUCGAAAAACACGUGUCCCGAAAGCCGAUUAAACGACAUGCUUAACAUACCUCUUUAUGACAGAGUGAAAAGAGAAGUACCCAAUUUCCGCAAAAAAAUCGUGCUUAUCACAAGCAACCUUGACACCGAAGAUUUUGGAUUGGCAGAAAGUGACAAAAGCAUAUUGAUAAGUAAGGUAUCCAUAAUUUUUCAUAUUGCGGGAAAUGUACGUUUCACUGAGAAUAUCAAAACUGCUACAACGAUAAAUAUUAACGCUGUUGAUACCAUCUUAAAACUCGCAAAGCAAAUGCCAAAUUUAAAGUCACUUAUUCAUGUAUCCACCGCAUAUGCAAAUUGCCAUAUAGACCAUAUCGAAGAACGAUUGUACUCAUAUCCUAUUAAUCAUAAGAGUCUUAUUAUGAUUACACGUGACUUAUCCGAAAAUAUGAUAAAAAAGAAAAUAUCUAGGAUCAUUUCAAUAUGGCCGAAUUCAUAUACAUUCACGAAAGCAAUUGCAGAAGGGCUUAUCAGAGAAGAAUGCGAAGAUUUACAAGUUGGAAUAUUUCGACCUGGGAUGGUUACAUGUAGCGCCAAUGAACCAUUUGCCGGAUGGAUCGACAAUAAGUAUGGGCCAAUAGGUUUUUUAGCGAGUAUAAUGUGCGGUUUCACAAGAUUUCUACGUUGUAAUAGCGACCAUAAAGCAAAUAUAGUGCCAGUUGAUUUCACUGUAAAUGCGUUAAUUGCUAGCGCAUGGGACGUCUAUAAGCAAUGCAGGAAAGGCAAAGAUAUGUUAAUUUAUAAUUUUGUCUCACCGAUCGAUGGGCCUACUUGGAAUGAAUAUCUUUUGAGACAUGUCUAUCUAACUAAAAUAUAUCCCAUGCGUAAUGCUAUUUAUUUUCCACUACUGUUUCUAUUAAAGCAUAAAAUAUCAUAUAAAAUUUGCGUUUGGUUUUGUCACUUUCUUCCGGCUUUACUUAUGGACGCUGUAUACAUCUGUAUCGGUCGUAGCCCGAGAAUGUGGAAAAUAUAUGUGAAGAUCGACCAAUAUUAUAAAGUGACCCAACUUUUUUGUAACAAAGAAUGGAAUUUUUCCACUGAUAAUGUUCAAGCAAUGUGGGAUCAUCUUGAUAAAAGGGAUCAACAAUUAUUUCAGUUCAACAUGAUGGGAUUUAAUUGGACAAAAUAUUUAACUGAUCAUUAUUUGGGUAUACGACACUAUUUAUUCAAGGAAAACGAUAGUACUUUAAAAAUUAGUCGAUUAAAACAUAAAAGAUUUUACUGGGUACACCAAAUAAUCAAAAUUAUAUUUAUUUUUGUUAUCCUAUGGAUUAUUUCCAUUAUAUUUACAUGAUAACAAAAAUACAAACAAAGUAAUUUCUACGAUGUUAUUAAUACAUGUAUGGAUACCUUAUCCAAAAACAAAAUAUAAAAGUAAACAAAAUUAAAAGAUGUAUAUAAAGAUAUAUUCAA